AUGUCCACGUGGUGCCGUUUUCUUACCCUAGUGGCGGCCGUGCUGCACUUGUCCGAGCCAGCUUGUGCCGCUCCAGGUGCAUCUCCAGCUUGUUCUAUCGUGUGGAACGGCCAAGCUGUUUCCGGCAAACUGGACGGCGGUAUCUGCAAGACCACCGUGCGCUAUGGCGCGGCGGCCCGGUGGGAGGACGCUGUUGCCGUCACCUCUCAAAGUGGCAUUUCUGCCACCGAGAACCCGCCCUCGUGCCCCCAAAUUAUGGGGAAUCCCACUCAGGGUGCAACCUCGUCCGAGGACUGCCUCACAGCAACGAUUUACGCACCUGUCGGUGGGCGGCGACUGCCUCUCUUUUGCUGGCUUCAUGGAGGCUCAUAUUCCAUUGGCUCGGCGUCAGCUGCAGGUCUCGAUGGUGCCAACCUGGCAAAGAGGGGGCGUGUCAUUGUUGUCGUCCUCCAAUACCGCCUUAACGUCCUUGGGCUAAUUCCGCCUUCUGUGGCGCCCACCGCGUCCGACCCUAAUCUCCAAGUUCGCGAUAUAAUACUGGGCCUCAAAGAAGUGCGAAAGAACUUGGCCUGGCAAGGCGACAUGGACCAGGUCACCAUCGGCGGACAGAGCACGGGCGCUAGUCUCAUCCGAGCUCUGUGGGUCGCCCCUGCAGCACAGGGACUGUUCCAGCGGAUGAUCCUACAGUCUGAUCCUUUCAACUACGGAAUGGCGCCCAUGUCCGAGACCAAUAACUUCCGCAGUGCGAUAUAUAAUCACCCCGCCCUCGGCAGCGCCAACACCUUCGCGGCUCUCCAAGCUGCGCCCCUGGCUAAUGUCCUGGGCGCGGCCGGUGCAGUCUACAAUGCUGCUGCCAAUCAAAUGCCGUCUUCACCCCCAUCUCAGCCUUUCCGCCCGACCUAUGGCACGCCAACAAUCCCGAAAGAACCUACAGGCGAGCUCUUCAACAAUCCUGGCGGACUAACCUUCUCCCCCGCCUCUGUUCCGAUGCUGCUCACAACGGUGGCCGACGAUGGCGCACACGUUUUCACCAACUCGGAGAUGAAUUUCCUCGCGUUCAGGAACAUCCUGGCGCGGCUGGUGGGCCCGGCGGGCUUGCAAGUCAUCCUUACCACCCCCACGUACAACAUCACGGCCGACAACACCGACAAGCGCCCGGCCUUCACCAAGAUUCUCACAGACGGCGCCUGGCGCUGUGCUGCCCGCGAGGUCGCUCGCAAGUGGGCUGGAGCCGGCGGGCAGGUGUACGUCGGCGAGUUCCGCGAAGGGAUUCACUACCCUCUGAACGACCAGUACCCCUACUGCGCGGGCAAGGUAUGUCAUAUGGACGACAUCAUGCCGACUUUCGGGCAGGGCGGCGGCUUUGCCAACAUGAUCGCCGACAAUUGGCUCUCAUUCAUCAAGACGGGCCGCCCAGCGGGCGGGUGGAGCGCGUUUGCUGCGAGCAACGGCAUCGACGGCGCGGGCGUCAAGGCUCUCGGCGGAGACGGUGUUGUUCCAACCUGCCCUGCAGGCUUCUGGGGCAGUGCGGUAAAGUGGCACUGGCAGCUCUUCGCGUAGAAGUAAUUUAGGACAAAUGCAUUAUAAUGAGUCUCC